CUUCAACACGUCACAUCCCAUAAUUUUUGUCGACGUCGCGUCGAGAGAGAGAAAAUAAUCCUGAAUUUUCACUACAUUCAAAGGGACGCUUUCACCCACUCAGACGAUUCGAACCAGCCGCCAUCUCGUUAAUUUCAUCGAACCCAUCAUCAAGAAGACACCGAAUUUCUGGGACAGAAAACAAAUAUUUCAUCAAAAAAUGGUUGCUGGCCUCGACAGCCAGCGGCUGGAAGCCGUCUUCCAGUCGCGACCCGACAUUUUGCAGGGCAUUCAAAAGGCAGCCAACACACCCGAUCGAGUCGCAUUGUUCAACAAUAUCGCGAGUUUCGUUCACGAGCAGAUCAACGGACCCGAACCGGCAUCAAAACGCAGACGGAUAGAAGAAGGCUCCACGAACGGUGUCAAGGCAUCCAACACAAAUGGGGUGGCUGCGAAGCCUGUACUGAAAACCAUCGGAACUGGAAACGCUGCCGAUGAAGAGGUUCUCCUUGUGAUUAAGGAGAUCUCCGUCUCCGUGCCCCAGCGCAAGAAGUACGAGCUCUGCUUCACGGCGAACUUCUUUUACGCGCGGUUGCCGAAUACCACUGCACCCGUCGAGGGCAUAAUCUAUGCCUGGGAUGACAUUGAAUACCUCUUCUACCUCCCCGUACCCGAGAAGACCCAGGUGCAGCAUAACUACGUCCUAUUUCCCCGUGGAACAUGUCUCCCGACGAAAACCUCACCCGAGAAGGAAGCUCUAGUAUUCACAGUGCCUGCCACAGCCCCCAAGGCCGGCACCAUCGAAGGCCCGAAAGCGAACGCUGCAUCAGCAGUCUCCGACACCUACCGUGGUCUCUUUGAUUGGGCGUUGACGACACACCUCAGCUCCGCUGGCAAUCCUGCCGAGAUUGUCUCAGCCGACUCCAACAUCUUUCACAGCCUCGUCCGCCAGCCGCACAGACCAAAUGAGAAGGCGGUGCACGUCAAGGCCUUCCGCGGCUCCAAAGACGGAUACCUCUUCUUCCUUCCCAAUGGCAUUCUCUACGGCUUCAAAAAGCCUCUAGUAUUUCUGCCCAUCGACCGCAUUGUAGCCAUGAGCUACACAAGCGUUCUGCAGCGUACAUUUAACAUCGUGGUGGAGGUGUUCACCGAGGGUGACGCCACCGAGGAGAUUGAGUUCGGCAUGUUGGACCAGGAAGACUACGGCGGCAUCGACGAAUCCUAUGUCAAGCGCCACGGACUGCAGGACCGCAGUAUGGCAGAGCAGAGGAAGGCGAAGAUGGAGCUGACUGAAAACCUGAAGAAGAAGGGUGCAAACGCAGACGCUGGUGCCAAUGGAGACGCGGAUGCAAACGGCAUGACGGAGCUUGAAAAGGCUCAUCUUGAGGCUGAGCAGGCGCUCCAGGAGGAUGAAGAUGAAGACGAAGAGGACUAUGACCCUGGCAGCGAGGGAGAGAGCGAGGGCUCUGGGUCGAGCGAUGAUGAUGACGACGACGACGACGAUGACGAUGAUGAAGAUGACGAUGCCGGGGAAGAAGGCGAAGAUGGUGACGAGGAGAUGGCUGAAGGUGAAGGUGAGGGCGAGGAAGACAAGUGAGAUGCUAGGAGUCAUGUGUAUUCAAGGUGAGGCAGUUGCAGGAUCUCGCUGUUACGGCUCAUGAUCAUGAUAGAGGUGUACGAUAGAGACGUCGGUCGUUGAAUCGACUCCAGAGCAUAGGCGUCCUCAUACUGGAUACCCGAGGGUUCAAGGUGAAUCCACGUGCAACAAUAACAGUGGAAUCCACAUCCGUCUCUCAAUCGCUACACUUUCACUGGAUUGGCAAUUACAGAAACGAGGAA